AUGGCCCCUCCACCUUCCCCCAGCCUGCCUCUGCAGGAGCGUAUUCUUGCCCUGGCAAAGACUCUUCAAUUCGGCUGGUUCACCGGACAUCUGGUCCUACUGGUCUCCAUCCUACGCUACUCGCUCUCGUGGCUCCGAUUCAACUACUACUCGAGAACGGCCCAGACCUGUUACCGACUAUCCUUCGUCGCGGCCGCUGUGACAUACGGUAUCGUCAUUUACAAGACUUUCAGAGCCCGACAGAAGGUGGGCGCAAAAUACCCUACUGGUGCCAUCGGCCUGCUCUCGGAUGAGAAUGUCCAGUACUUUGCCAUGGCGCUCGUCUGGCUUUUUACUCCCCAGUAUCCUCUUGCCCUCCUCCCCUACGGCAUCUACUCCGUCUUCCACGUUGCAACUUACACCCGCGCCAAUGUCAUCCCCACCGUAGCACCGGCACAGGGCGCUGGCGCAACUCCUGGGGCCAAGAGCAGCAGCCCUAUCGCGGAUGCUAUUGGUAACUUCGUCAAGACAUACUACGACAUGUCCAUGUCUGUCGUCUCUGCCCUUGAGGUUUUGCUCUGGAUCCGCCUCUUGGUUGCUGCUAUCCUGUUCCAAAGUCGUUCGUGGAUUCUGCUUGUCGUGUACACGGCCUUUGUUCGCGCUCGUUUCGCCCAGAGCUCUCACGUGCAAUCCACUGUUGGUCAGCUCAAUGCUCGCAUCGACGCUGCUGUUGGACAGCAGGGCACCCCCCCUGUCUUGCGCCAAGUCUGGGACGGCGUCAAGUCUGGUGGUCGUCAAUUCCACGACGUCACCGACAUUAGCAAGUACACCAACGGCGGUGCUGUUCCCAAGAAGACGUCGUAA